CUCACGGGGCGCUUGGUCCUGCGAAACACCUUCAUCGAGCUGGAGGACGAAGACGUGACAGCGGACUUCCCGUUUGGGCGAGCACGCGCUUGCAGCGACAGUUGCCUCUUCGAUGCCACCACGCCCAAGGCACCAGAUGAUGAGGCUUCGCGCGCGGACCUCAACGUCUCAAUCGAGUUGACAGGGGCCAGUUGUCUGAACACUCCGAGAUCGGAUGAGCCAGACAGCCCGGGUACCAAAGGAGUUCCCGCGCUUCCCUUUACGAACACGCCUUUGCCUCUACCUGAACUUCAGGUUCCCAGGCAGACCGGCCAGCAGACAGUGUCCAAAGACGACUUAGACCGCUUGUCACAGGAGGUGUCCCAGCUGAUGAGCCAAAACAACCUUCUGCGCCAUCAGAUCGUGACGGGCAAGGAACCGGAGGUCAACAACAUGCAGGAGGUGGGAGCUGUACCAUGGAUGGCGUACGUCCCAGUGGCGGGCAUAACGGGCUAUGUCCAGGAGCCUUUGUCCCCGGGUCGGAGCGAAGUGGCGCACGGCUCCGCGGAGUGGACGGAGAAUUCCACCGCUGCGGACUGCGGCACAUCGGUGAUGCUUCGGAACUUACCGAACAACUACACACGCUCGAAACUCUUGGAGAUGUUGGACUCCGAGGGCUUUGCCGGGAAGUACAAUUUCGUGUACUUGCCAAUUGACUUCCACACGCAGGCCAGCCUGGGCUAUGCUUUUGUGAACCUGGUGGAAAGUUCCCAUGUCUACCAGAUCCAGGAGAAGCUCACAGGCUUCAAGAAGUGGAAGGUGCCCAGCAAGAAAGUUUGCGAGGUGCGCCUUUGCGGGCCCUGGCCAGACCUUGAAGCUCAUGUGGAAAGAUACCGAAACAGCUCUGUCAUGCAUCCCAGUGUUCCGGAAGAGUUCAAGCCCGCUCUCUUUGAGAAUGGCAAACAGGUACCUUUCCCAAAGCCCUCCAAGGUGCCAAAGCCCCCGCAGAUUCGAAAGCUGCCUGCGGGCCCGCUUGCAGAAGAAAAGCAGAAGGACACAAAUGUGCUCACCCCGGGAUUGGUCCAGCGCAACUUCUGA